AUGGAAGAUAUUGGAAAGCAUACACCACCUAAAGACUUUGUGUGUCCAAUAACAACACGCAUAUUUAACGACCCAGUCACUCUCGAAACUGGUCAGACUUAUGAACGUAAAGCUAUCCAGCAAUGGAUCGAUAGAGGAAACACCACCUGUCCAAUUACGCACCAAAAGCUUCACAACAAUCAACUUCCUAAAACAAAUUAUGUACUCAAGAGGCUGAUUGCUAGCUGGAAAGAGUUGACACCCACCAAUGAGCUUCAAUAUCCAGAAAACAAACAUGUUCACGUCCCUCAACCAAGAACUGAUGGAACCAUUAAUGAGCUCAGACUUGUGAUUACCGAUCUUUGUACUUCACAAGUGCUAAAAAAAGCAGAAUUAGCAGUUCUACGUAUUGAAAGAUUUUGGCAAGAAGGGAAUAUGGAAGUGGAGAUACAAAGUGUGCUCUCGAAACCACCUGUUGUUAAUGGAUUCGUGGAGAUUUUGUUCAAUUCUGUCGACACCCGCGUGUUAAAAGCCACUGUUUUUCUCCUUUCCGAGGUGGGUAUACGAAAUUCCGGUGUAAUUUCAACGCUAACUAGGGUUGAUUCCGAUGUCGAAUGUAUAAUUUCGCUUUUCAAGAAAGGUUUGUUUGAGGCAGUUGUGUUGAUUUAUCUGCUGAGACCUUCGAUGACCAUCUUUCUUCAGAUGGACAUGGCGAAUUCUCUUCUAAGUGUUGUUCAGAAGAGAGAAGAUGAGUUUGUGAAGAUGUGUGUGAAGCCGAAAGCAGCUUCUGUGUUAUUGUUGGCACAGAUCAUUGAAAAUGAAGAUGGUGGUGCUGUUUCCGAAGUCAUUAGAAGUCUCGUUUCCGGGAAGACGAUUGAAGGAAUUAUCAGGAGCUUGGAAUCGGAAUGGAAAGAAGAAAGAAUCGCAUCGGUGAGGAUACUUUUGAGAUGCAUACAGGAAGAUGGAAAGUGCAGGCAUGUUGUUGCUGAUAAGGCUGAACUUGCUCCAGUUCUAGAGAGCUUUCUUGAAGCCAAUGAUAGAGAGCGGUUUGAGAUUGUAUUGUUUCUUUCGGAAUUGGUUAAACUAAACAGGAGAACAUUCAAUGAUCAAGUUCUGAAUAUCAUAAAGGAUGAAGGCACUUUUAGUACAAUGCAUACACUGCUCAUAUAUCUACAGACAUGUCUCCCUGAUCAAUGCCCGAUAGUGGCUGGUCUCCUUCUUCAGUUAGACCUUCUGGCUGAACCAAGAAAGAUGAGUAUCUUCAGAGAAGAGGCUAUAGAUAAUCUUAUAUCGUGUCUCAAGAACUCAGACUCUCCUGCUGCUCAAAUUGCAGCUUCCGAGACACUUUUGGCACUCCAAGGGCGAUUCUCAUAUUCUGGGAAGCCUCUGGUUCGCAGAUUUCUUCUUAAACAUUCCGGGAUUGACAAGACUUACAGAUCUUCAAUGCGGAAGGGCAUGUCUGGAGACAUUCAAGAAACCAAGGAAGAGGAGAAAGCUGCCCAAGAAUGGGAGAGAAAGAUGGCAUUUGCUUUAGUGAACCAUGAGUCCGGGAUUAUUUUUGAGGCGUUAUCAGAAGGAUUGAAGAGUCGAUAUGCAGAAACGUGUUCCGGGUGCUUUAUUUCUGCAGCCUGGCUUCUACACAUGAUGGCGUUUCUUCCUGAUACGGGAGUUCAAGAAACAGCACGUGUUUGCUUGCUUAAACGAUUUGUGUCGAUAUUUAAAUCCGCAAAAGACACAGAGGAUAAAGCUAUUUCCAUGCUUGCUCUUAGCAGCUUCAUCCAUGAUCCGGAUGGGUUACGCGAUAUUACCAUCUACAUGAAGGAUAUUCGUAAGGGUUUGAGAGAAUUCAAGAAAUCAUCUACAGUAGCAGCCGAAAUGCUUAAAGUUUUUUCUCAAGAGAGUGAAUCUAGUCCAGAACUAUGGAAUCAUAAAGAGUUAGUCCAAGAAGAUUGCAGUGUUAAUGGAGUUGUUCUAUCGAUAGUAUGUCUUAAGGAGAAUAUCUUUUCAGGCCAUUCAGAUGGUAUGAUUAAGAUCUGGGCUUGUAAAGGUAGUGUUCUUCGUCUUACUCAAGAGAGUCGAGAACAUACAAAGGCAGUCACUAGCUUGAUUGUUCUACCAUCGGGAGAUACCCUAUACAGUGGCUCACAUGAUAAAACUAUCAGGAAGUGGUCUUUCAAUCAGGAAACAAUUCACUGCGAAGAAGUGUAUGAUGUGAAGGACCACGUUAACAAUCUGCUAGUUGCAAACAGUAUCUCGUGCUUUAUUCCUCAAGGUGCUGGAAUCAAGGUUAACUCAUGGAAUGGAGCAUCAAAAUUACUGAAUCCGAGCAAAGAUGUUAAGUGUUUGGCUCUUGUGAAUGGAAGAUUGUAUUCUGGGUGUCUGGAUAAUAGCAUUCAGGAAAUCGACUUGUCAUCAGGAACAUUAACUUCAAUACAAAGUGGCGUGAGAAAACUACUAGCUAAAGGGAACCAAGUCAAUAUCUUGCAAGUUCAUGAAGGACUAAUAUACGCAACCAGUUCAUCCGUAGAAGGAGCCACAUUCAAGAUAUGGAAUGCUUCAACCUAUCGUUUGGUGGAGUCUAUUUCGCUGACAAAUGAAGUAAGGUCGAUGGCGAUUAGCUCAGAGUUUAUUUACUUUGGUUGCAAACUGGGGAUCGUGGAAGUGUGGUAUCGAAACAAACUAACUAGAAAAGAAACGCUACAAAUUGGUACAAAUUGUAAGGUUAUGUGCAUGGCUCUUGAUAGCAAUGAAGAUGUAUUGGUGACAGGAACUUCCGAUGGUAGAGUUCAGGUUUGGGGAGUGACCUAAAAUGGAAGGGUGUUGGAAUGAAGUUUAAAGUUCCUUGAAGUACAUAAUAAACAUAAAACAAAUUAUCAUAAAUUUAGCUUACUCAUAUUUAAACAUAAAAAUGUAGUGAAAUUAUAACCGCUUGAGGUGGAAGGUGAUCAUUG